AUGGAUCCUUGGGGAGGCGUUGUUAUUAGCGUGUCUGUAGCAUCGGAGUUUGAAGAUAAUUUUAAGCCUGCUUCGGGAUUUGAGAAGUUAUCUGACUCUGCCGAGUAUAUCGCUUUAUUGGAAAGAAAACUGAAAGCAGUUCGCUCAAAAAACAAAACCCUGUCAUUGGAGACACUGAAUCUGAGAAACUUCUUCAGGAUUAAAUUCUUGUUUUUUAAGAGCACCUUGGGCGGGAUGACUGCCGGCCGCAAGAGCCUCUUCAUCUUCCUGAUGAACCUCGCGUGGCGGUGCCGGUACAGCAUGCCGCUGCUGCUCAGCGGCACGGUGGCGGUGCUGGGCCACGCGUGGAUGUUCCAAAUACGAGUGCACACCAUGCACAGGCUUCACGAGAACGAGCUCGCAUACUACGACGACGACGAUGACCAGGAAGAGGACGAGGGAUCUUGGGAUACGGAGUCCAACGACUCCUGGGAGACCAUAGUGGAGGAGGUGGCAUACGGC